UAUUUAUUGAAAUCUCGCUCCUUCCGAGCCUCUCCCUUGGCCGCCCCGCGGGAGAGAGGCAGAGAUGGCAGAUGAGAUCGCCAAGGCUCUGGUCGCUCGGCCUGGUGGCGACACGAUCUUCGGGAAGAUCAUCCGCAAGGAAAUCCCAGCCAAAAUCAUUUUUGAGGAUGACCAGUGCCUUGCUUUCCACGACAUUUCUCCUCAAGCACCAACACAUUUUCUGGUGAUACCCAAGAAACAUAUAUCCCAGAUUUCUGCAGCAGAAGAUGAUGAUGAAAGUCUUCUUGGACACUUAAUGAUUGUUGGCAAGAAAUGUGCUGCAGAUCUGGGCCUGAAUAAGGGUUACCGAAUGGUAGUGAAUGAAGGUUCAGAUGGUGGACAGUCUGUCUAUCACGUUCAUCUCCAUGUUCUUGGAGGUCGGCAGAUGCAUUGGCCUCCUGGUUAAGCAUGUUUUGGGGAUAAUCUUCCCUUCUCUAGGCAAUGAUUAAGUUAGGCAAGUUCCAGUAUAUUAAGUGGCACACUUAUUUUUGCCUGUGUAUGGAGAGAUUCAAUAAAUAAUUUUCAAACCAGAAAAAAAAAAAAAAAA